AAAAUAGUGUGUAUAUAAAUAAGUAAAACCCUAAAACGCCAUUUUUGUGAGUUUUGGGAUUAAGCCGAUUUCUGCUUCUGCUUCUGCUUCUGCAUCCGCUGCUGCCUUGAAGAUGGUGAAGGGACGCCAAGGAGAACGUGUUAGGCUCUAUGUGAGGGGUACAAUCCUUGGAUACAAAAGAUCUAAAUCAAACCAGUACCCAAACACUUCGUUGGUGCAAAUUGAAGGAGUUAACACCAAGGAAGAAGUAGCUUGGUACGCCGGCAAGAGAUUGGCAUAUAUCUACAAAGCCAAGGUGAAGAAGAAUGGAACCCAUUACCGCUGCUUAUGGGGCAAGGUUACAAGGCCUCAUGGUAACAGUGGUGUUGUUCGUGCUAAGUUCACGUCAAAUCUUCCUCCCAAAUCAAUGGGAUCUCGCGUAAGAGUAUUUAUGUACCCAAGUAACAUAUGAGAUUCUGGUGAUAACCUUGGUAGAAUUGUCGGAUGAUUUUAAGUCUCAAGGAUCUUUGUUUCAUUUUACCUUUUGAGAAUUGUGUUUUUGGCAUAGAUGGUUAUGUUGGAAUAGUGUCCUCUGCUGUAUUGGCUUUUGUUUAUGAAAUAUUCAGCACUCUGUGGAAUUGGUUAUCUCUUAUGAUUACAAUGUUUUUUCUUAUGACAAUAAUUUUUUUUAACCAUGAACAAAAUUUAGUAGGAUCCUAAUUCAUGAAAUAUAGGCAUCUCUGGCAAAGUCCCACGUUUACUAAACCAACAUAUUUUGUUUUUUCUUUGGACUUUUCAAACUUAGCGAACUGAAACAUCUUAGUAGCUAAAGGAAGGGAAAUCAACCGAGACCCCGUUAGUAGCGGCGAGCGAGAGCGGAUUGGGGUUUGAA